AUGUCCACGUGGAGGGCCAGGCUCACCAAGGAACUGAAAUCUCCGUCGGGAAGGAUGCACCCGUUUACCUGCUCAGCUCUGCUGGCUUGUUUUGGGAAUUCAAGGGAGAAUGCUCCCUUUGAUCAGUCCAGCGCGGCAGAUACCCAUUCCACCAUCUAUGUCCAGCCCAUGGCCAAAGCGGGCAGACGCCCAAGCCACCCAAGAGAGGAAGAGCGAGCUCCAGAGAAAAGGCGAGAUUCGGGUACCCGCACAGAGCGCAAUGGCAGUGCCACUCGGAAUUCAAGCAAACGGACCACUGUUCGGCCUGCUGCAACCCCUGAGGGUUUGUCGGGGUCCCCGGAUGACGAACCAGACUGCAAAGCAGGUACUUUGCAGGCUUCCAUCCCCAGGCCAUCAAUUAUUGACACGCCAAAGGAAGAAGAAUUCCAAGAAGAUAAGUGCCCCAAGUUGGAGCAGAAGAUGACAUCAGACGGCCUUCUUGAGGAUACCAGCCCCAAGGACUCAUAUCUCAUCCCAAGAAACAUCAUGGCCGAGCCAGACUACAUAGAAGAUGACAAUCCAGAACUCAUUAAGCCCCAGAAAUUGAUCAAUCCUGUCAAAACAUCCCGGAACCAUCAAGAUCUUCACAGAGAACUCCUUAUGAAUCAAAAAAGGGGUCUUGCCCCUCAGAAUAAACCAGAAUUGCAGAAGGUGAUGGAAAAGAGAAAACGAGACCAAGUAAUCAAGCAGAAGGAAGAAGAAGCACAAAAGAAGAAAUCUGACCUGGAAAUAGAACUUUUAAAACGGCAGCAGAAGUUGGAGCAGCUUGAACUGGAGAAGCAGAAAUUGCAAGAAGAGCAAGAAAAUGCCCCGGAGUUUGUGAAGGUGAAAGGCAAUCUCAGGAGAACAGGCCAAGAGGUGGCCCAAGCCCAGGAGUCCUAGGCGGAGGCUGUCUGGAGACCUGGUGUGUCCUGCCAUCACCGCAAGAGCUGUGUCUAGGUGCCUCCUCUGCAUUUGUCUCAGGGCCAGAGCCCCUGGAGAGAAUUCCAGCCAGCCAAGAAUUUUGACUAUGACAAGGAUUUGAUUUGAUUUUACUACAGUCUGGAUGGAUAAAUUAUCUAUGAAAAUUGUAGUUCCCAUUCGCCAAAUGAAGGACAUUGACCAGCACGUAAGUUGGAAUAAUGGACCUGUGUUCAGAGACCUAAAGCAAAAAAAAAAGGAAGAGGACCCUGGAAAAAAAUAUUGAGAGCUGCACUACUUGGUUUUUCUUCCAAUCUGAGUUCAGUGGAGCAAAUAUUAUUUUCUUUGAAGAGCUAAAGAAAAUGUGUUUAUUUCUUCUUUUGGUUAUCUACAAGAUAAUUUAGAUUACAUAGAAGUGCAUUUAAUCAGUUACAUCCAAUAUUUGUAAAUUCUACUUUGAGAAUUCAAAAUUUUCUUGUUUAAUUUAUACUUUCACCCAUGUUAGAAUUAACAGUGGAGAAUGUUAAUGUUGAGCACAGCUAUUACCAUUGUUGGCAUCAAAAUUCAGAAAUAGAUUAAGAAGGUAUAAAAACAUGUAAAGAUUCAUGUUGGUCUGUUUUAAUUUCUUUCAGUCCUAUACUUUGUGGAGGCAUCCACUUCCCAGAAGGUAUCUCAUGUAAAUUCAUUUAUAUUGCUUUGAUAACCAGCAUGUUUUCAGUUCAGUUUUAUUUUUAAAUUUCUUGCUGAGAUACUUCUUUCAGGAAAAGAAAAAAAUCCUCGUUCCUUUGGAAAACAGAAAUAGUCUGUAUAGCCCAGCUUUAGUGUCAAAAGUAAAGAGUACAAAAACCUUAAUUUCUCUUGAGCACAGUGCAGGGAAAGUUCCCAUUAGGAGCUGGAUGGUAAGGUCUUCUUUAGGUAUUUUAAUGUGAAACAAGUAUAARUUGAUCUCAAGGAGGCUUUUGGUUUGUACAUUUUGAAUAUUAGUAGAAUCCAAGCUUUGAAAACUUUUUGAUUAAUGAUUGUGUAUUUCUUUACUCUUUUUUUUUCUUAUGAAGGAAAACUUUUACCACUCUCUCAGUGUGAUGCUGUUGGUAAGGAUAAUGUUGAUGACUACUGUAUUGCAUCUCUCAGGAGAAACUGAGGUGCAGGGAGAAGAGACUCAGUUUCCUUAUGUUAACUAGCAUGCUAUUCAAAGACAUCCAAGUUGCAAAUAAUAGCAAAUUCUCAUUAAAAGUUAAUUUUAUACUGCUGACAUGGAAGAAUUCUUGUGGAUUUAGUAUGUUCUUCGUAGAGAUGAUUCAGCCUUUCUACAUCAGAGGCUUUUAUACUUCCUUUACAACUCAUAGAAAGUUGGAUUCAGAGCUUUGGAAUCCUUAACUAGCAAGUAGACAUUAGCUUUCUAUGGGAGAUGCUUUAGUUUUAGUAAUCAACAGGCCCACAUUCAAUCCCAAUGUGAACAAAAUAAGAUUAAAUAGAUGAUAAUAUACUGCUAGUUAGAGAAAUAUAUUAGCUGUUUAUACCUGAAAUGGAUUAUUUGUCUCAUCAGCAAAUAUUAUUUAAAUAAGACAUGCUGAGGUUGCUCUAAAAUAGUUUGCUGUUGAAGAUUAGAAUGGUGACAGUUUUCUUAUCAUUAUUCCCUUUGAGAGAAGAAAGUGAAGUAAGUGAUCAUCUUGAAAGAACAUUSCUUAUUGCACAUUAAUUAGAGUUCUUCCUCUGUCUUUGUGGACUUAACGGUGUGAUCUGUAAAGUGAAGAUUCUGGACUGGCUCCUAUCUUUAUCUAAUAGGAUGUUUGAUCUUGAAAUCUAUUCCUUGAAGCAGUUUUGCCACUUGACAAAAAUCUCAAGGGCUGGAAGGACCAAUUCUGUUCCUAGAACUUCCUUAGAAUUCAUUCAACACUGGGAAAAAGUUAAUUAAAAAAGCAUUUCCCUUCUAAUUGCACUAAGAUCUGCAGAAUUGAUUGUAGCUAUACUACAAGUUCUGGCCUAAAGAGGACUUGUAAAUGGUGUAGAGUGAUCGGUGUGGCUCAGUAGCAAAGUGUAUAGGAAAGGAAGCUUUGACAUCAUCUGGUUAGCUGGGCCUACAAGCUGCGUUUAAAAGGUGGUCAGUCUCUCCUGUACCUAGCACUAUAAACUGAGGACUCAUGAACAUCUGAGCAGUUCUGUGCUUGGAGCCACUAUUUGACAAAAAUGGCUCCAUUUUUCCAUUCCAUGGUUUUCUUAAAAUAGUUCAGUGUUUUAUAGUCUCUUAAUAGUAAAGUAGUGUUGCUUUCUAAGCUAUAACAGCUGACUUUAUUCUUCUACUCUGAAAAAUCUUGCCUUGUUUGAGUGUAUAUAAUAUAUAUAAAGGGAGCCUUAAUGGAUUUGUUUUCAUAAUUUAAUAUUUUUUGUAUUUGCUCUUGUAUAAUUGUUUUUAAUGGAAAGUAUUACAGAAUUGAGGGUGGAAUUCUUAGA